AUGUUGAAAACGGUUGACCUCAUAAGAAAGAAGGCAUUGCGAAUGUUGCAUUGCAGCCAUUAUGGCAGGAAUGGGAUGGCAAGUCUAGCACGCUGGAAAGUAUGGUAUCCUGAAGUUGACAGAGAUAUACUCCAGUUGGCCAGACUGUGUGAAACCUGUGCAGUAAUUGAUGAUCCCGCAAAAACACCAUUACACUUAUUGUGUCCGAUGAUGGACCGCCGCUUUUUGCGAGAGAAGGAAUGUCGAGUUGACCCUAAUGUCGCCAUAUCACCAGAACUCAGAUGGCGAAGUAAGAUUCGUACAGACCUUUGA